UCCAUGCAUUUAGUAUGUUUAGAAUUAUAUUACUAAAGUGCAGUGUGUCGGGACGCGAUCUGUCGUGACGGCGAUCAGUCGAUUCCCGAUCGGCGCCGGCGUCAGAAUGAUACUGGGGUUAUGACGCGUCACAACACUCCACACUAGUCUAGUAUGUUUCUAAUCUGAUGCGUUAACUAGCUAGAGUAGAGAAUAGUCGUUUGCAUCAUUUAUUCGUGUACAAGAUGUCGGACGAACUCAUUGAACUUGUCAGAAAAUACGAAGUGUUGUAUAGUCCAAAAUGUAAAGAAUACAAGGAUCACUUAAUAAGAACUGUAGCAUGGGAAGAAAUUGCUCAAAAAUUGAAUGAACCAGUUGGAAAGUGCAAAGACAACUGGACAAAAUUAAGAAAUGCAUAUGCCAGCGCAAUAAAACGGCGUAAAAAUAAAAAAAGUGGACAAGCCGCAUCACAAGUGAUAGCAUGGAAAUACGAAGAGCAAAUGAAUUUUUUACGUCCUCACAUGAAAUCGAGGAACACCAAAACUAAUUUGACAGAGCCAACACCAGAAUCACCUCUAGACAUGACUCCAUAUAGCCCCCCUGACGUUUUCGUUAAUGACUCGCAAAACAGCUCAGCAUCGCAACCUCCACAAACUCAAAGUUCGGAUGCUAGUUGGAGUAAUGGAUCUCAAAGGAGCUUAGCGUCAAAACGAACAUUAUCAGCGAAUAACAAACCUAGCUUACAAGACAUUUAUGACUUGAUGAAGUCGUCAAAUGAGGUAAAAAAGCAAAGGCAACAUGCUAAGCCAGAUAUGGAUGACACUGACUUAUUUUUUUUGAGUAUGAGUAAGGCAGUCAAGGCGCUCCCAAAACUCGAUCAAUGCAAAAUAAAGUUGGAUUUACAUACAGCUGUUUCUCAAGCAGAAAUUCGAAAACUCACUCAAACAGAUUACGUAUUAAAGACACCGCUUAAUAUAGUAUCUCAAACAACUAUUCCAUCGAGUUCUUACCAACCUAUCUAAUCACCUAUACCCAUCUAGCCAUGCAAAAGUGUAUAAUCAUAUGAUUUUCAGGCAGCACACUGGGGACAAACUCUAAUCAGGAGCUUAUUUAAUCUCCCACAACUAUACAACCAUUGAUGAAUGAUGUUCUUGAUUAUUGAAAUAAUAAAUAAAAAUACAAUUGAUUUCUCGACAUCCUGAAAUAUUCAUGAAAUUUUUCUUCAUCACACUCCAGUUCUUUCACUAGUAAAUGAUAUUCGCUUCGAUUACCUCUCCGAU